CAACAAUGAUAGCCUUGCUGCUGCUGGCGCUGGUCGCUCACUCCUCUGCUGUCCCUCUGCCGUCUGGGGACAAAGACAACCAGAAUUUAGCAGAGAAAUACCUCCGUCGCUUCUAUGGUCUUCCAGCUGGUCUCCAAGGUAGACAGGGGGCAUCAAGCCCCUUUGAGACCAAGAUCAAGGAGAUGCAGAGAUUCUUCAAACUCAAGGUGACUGGGAAUCUGGAUGACAACACUUUGGACCUGAUGAAGCAGGCCAGAUGUGGUGUCCCUGAUAUUGGGGAGUACAACCACUUCCCUCGACACCUGAAAUGGCAAAAUAACAAUGUCACAUUCAGGAUUUUGAAUUAUACACCAGAUCUGAAGAAGUCUGAUGUAGACAGAGCCAUUCGCAAUGCGCUGAACGUUUGGGCUGAUGUCACCCCUCUGACCUUCAAGAAGCUGCAUGUGGGCAACGCUGACAUUAUGAUCAGCUUUGGAUCAAAAGAGCAUGGCGACUACAACCCUUUUGACGGACCUGAUGGUCUGCUGGCUCAUGCCUACCCACCAGGGCAAGGCAUCGGAGGAGACACCCACUUUGAUGAGGACGAGCACUGGACCAAAGAUUCAUCCUCUUACAACCUGUUUGUAGUAGCAGCCCAUGAGUUGGGCCACGCCCUCGGUAUGUCCCACUCCUCAAACGCAGGUGCCCUGAUGUACCCCGUCUACACAUACACCACAGGCUACCCACUGUCUGAAGAUGACAUUGAAGGCAUCCAAGCUCUCUAUGGUCCGAACCCCAACCCAAGGAAAGUGAAGCCAAAGCCUGACGCACCAAACAAAUGUGACCCAAGCUUGAGUUUUGAUGCUGUCACAGAGCUCAGAGGGGAGACCAUCAUCUUCAAAGACAGAUUCUACUGGCGUAUCCAUCCUCAGAUGGUGGAGCCUGAGCAGACACUGAUCAAGUCCACAUGGCCCUCCAUCCCCAACAAGGUGGACGCCGCUUACGAGAACCCAGAGAAGGAUAUCGUCAUCAUAUUCAGUGGGAUCCGAAUGUGGGCUUUGAAUGGGUAUAACAUUGUGGACGGUUACCCUAAGUACAUACACAAACUUGGCCUUCCCAAGACUGUAAGGAAAGUAGAUGCAGCUGUUUACAUCAGAGACACAGGCAAAACUCUACUCUUCACCGAAGAGGAUUAUUGGAGCUACGAUGAAGCGACAGGAACCAUGGACAGUGGUUACCCACGAACCAUUGAGGAAGACUUUCCUGGAAUGGAUGAUGAGGUUGACGCUGCUGCUUAUCACUAUGGAUACUUGUAUUUCUUCCAUGAGCAAUUGCAGUAUGAAUACAGUUACACCUCGAGGAAGGUCAUGCGCAUCCUGAGGACCAACUCAAUCCUCAACUGCUGAUGAGGUGGUCGCCGACUGGCAGCAAAUGGCUUAGAAAUAUGUGUAAUUAUAGCUGGCUAUAUGACGAAUGACAACAAAGUAAAUAUACACAAACAUACAGAGGUGUAAAAAUGAGACAAUGGAAAAUGCAGCCCGAUGAAUGAGCGGGGAAGUGGACACAUGGAUCAACAUCAGAAAAAUGUUUAUUUUCACUAGUGCUGGACACAUGUAGGUCAUGAAAUAUGUUUGACACAGAAUGCUGGAAAAUUCUUCGUUUCUAUAACUCCUUAGAUUAUUGCUAUUUAUUUUACAACUCUAUAUUUGCACAAGUUUCACUAUGGACAGAAAGAUCCUCAGCAAGUUAAGUUUCUUGUCAGUGACAGAUGGCUUGGCUGGUCUGUGAGCUCAUUAUUUGACUUGUUAUCACACUAAUAUAUUAGUAUUUCAACAAAGAGCUUAGCAGUUUAAUAUAAACUGAAUUUGUCAUUAGAUUUUGUUUUGUAGAUUAAUGAAAGUAGAGUUGAGCCUAAAGCUCUACUAAUGAUGUCAGUGUUAAAGAGCUGUGUUGUUGUCACUAACUUUUGGUUGUUCCAAAGAUAGCAUUUAAUUUAUUUUCCUCAACACUGCAGAGCAUAUGCAAUAUUUUUAUAUAUUGAUUAUGCCAAACAUUACGCUGAACACUUUACAAGUGUGCACAAAACAUCCACUUACUUAAACCUGAUUUUUGUUUAAACAUACUCCUUUUCAUCUGAUGUCAUUUUAACACUGAAACAUUUCUGUGAA